UUCCGGGUGAAACUGGCAUUGAGGGUACUGGGUUGUCCGUGAGGGCGUUUGCUGAUGCUUCCUGGUCCGGUGGCCUCGGUCCCGGUAAGCCAGGCAUGAAGAUCACAAGGCAGAAACAUGCCAAGAAGCAUCUUGGCUUCUUCCGCAACAAUUUCGGAGUCCGCGAGCCGUACCAGAUCCUGCUGGACGGCACCUUCUGUCAGGCGGCGCUGCGGGGCCGCAUCCAGCUGCGGGAGCAGCUGCCGCGCUACCUCAUGGGGGAGACACAGCUGUGCACCACAAGGUGUGUAUUAAAAGAGUUAGAAACGUUGGGAAAUGACUUAUAUGGGGCAAAAUUGAUUGCACAAAAAUGCCAAGUUCGAAAUUGUCCUCAUUUCAAGAAUGCUGUGAGCGGAUCAGAAUGUCUGCUUUCUAUGGUUGAAGAGGGAAAUCCUCAUCAUUAUUUUGUGGCAACACAGGAUCAGAAUUUGUCUAUGAAAGUAAAGAAGGAGCCUGGAGUUCCUCUCAUGUUUAUUAUUCAGAACACUAUGGUUUUGGACAAGCCUUCUCCCAAAACAAUUGCGUUAGUAAAAGCGGUGGAGUCAGGUCAACUUGUCUCAGUGCAUGAGAAAGAAAGUAUCAAACAUCUCAAAGAGGAACAGGGUUUAGUAAAAAACCCUGAACAGAGAAGAAGAAAGAAGCGCAAGAAAAUAAGUGGUCCCAAUCCUCUUAGCUGUUUGAAGAAAAAGAAAAAGGCACCGGAUACACAGUCAUCUGCUUCUGAAAAGAAAAGAAAAAGAAAAAGAAUUCGGAACAGAUCUAACUCAAAAGUACUUUCUGAGAAGCAGAAUGCAGAAGGAGAAUGAAUCCUUUAGAUACUUUUAAGGACAUUCAAGUGUGAAAAUGAAUUUUUUACAACUAGAAGUAUUUGUAUAAGAAGGCCAAACUUGUUUUUGUAAAUGAACCCAUAUGUUUUAGCUAAAAUUAAUUAUAAAAUAAAAACAGUGACCAGUCUAGCCAGCAUGGCAAAACCCUGUCUCUACUAAAAUACAAAAAUUAGCUGGGCAUGAUGGUGCACAGUUGUAAUUCCAGCUACCCAGGAGGCUGAGGCAUGAGAAUCGCUUGAACCUGGGAGGCAGAGGUUGCAGUGAGCCGAGUUUGCAUCAUUACACUCCAACCUGGGCAACAGAGUGAGAACCUGUCUCAAAAAAAAUAAAAAUAAAAAAAAACAGUGAAUGGGUUUAUGUAUGAUGGUAUUCACUUCACUUAAUAAAUGGUUUUGGGGGGUUGUUUUUCCAGGUAAAAUUGUCGCCUCUCUGGUCCCAUUCCCACCUUCAAACAUGUGCAAACAGUUUUAAAAAAUCAUAUAGUUAGUUCUAAAAGGCUUGUGACAAAAAAGAGGCAGUCCGUCUUUCACAGUGACAGAAGAAACUUCCUCUUUCAAUUCUAGUAGUUGAAGAAUUUAUAUUUCCAAAUUAUAUGAUCAUACUGCUACUUUUUGAUACAUCAAUUAUUUAUUGACUUCCUACUAGAAAGAAUGAGAUUUUGCCCAUUUAUACCUCACCAUUUUUUCUAGUACAUGAGUAUUUUACUCUUUGUACAUCAGAAACUCAGUAUUUUCAUUAUUAUGACUAGGGUUUUUUUGUUUGUUUGUUUGAGCUCCACUUGUCCAAUAAGGAUGAUGAUUUUCUUUUAGAUGUAAAUGUUACCUUCAAUAGCAAGAAUUCAAAAAUAAUAUUUUCUUUAAGAUUGACUGUGAAUAUUAUUGAAAAGUGUCUAAAUGAGUCUGAGGAUCAAUGAAGGUCAAUUCGGUUAGGAAUUGAAGAAUCAAACCUGUCUCUCAAUUCCCCCAGCAAUUGUUUUAGUCAUUUAUCAGGCCAAAAUUAAAAUGUUUUUGUACUACAA